AUGACGCAUUACGACAUUAAGAUCACUUCAGACACUGUCUGUCCAUGGUGCUACGUCGGCAAGAAUCGGCUCGAACUUGCGAUCAAGGAGCACAAGGCCAACAACCCCAACGAUACCUUUUCAACAGAAUUCCUCGCAUAUUAUCUUAACCCAGAGGCAUCCAAGAGCGUCUCAAAGCAGGGCUACUAUGAGUCAAAGUUCGGAGUCGAGCGAACAAAGAUGAUGCAAAAGCACAUGGCGAGCAUAGGGCAAUCAGUAGGCAUUGCAUUCCGCUAUGGAGGGCAGACCGGGAACACCAGAGACUCUCAUCGUUUGAUACAGCUUGGAAAGGCCAAGGGAGGCGAAGCUAUGCAGAAGGCUGUCGUGGAGUCCUUGUUCAACGGUUAUUUCGAGAACGAAGAGGACAUUACAUCGAAGGACAUGCUGCUCAAGCGAGGGGUACAGGCAGGUCUGGAUGAGAAGGAGGUCAAAGAGUGGCUGGACUCGGAUAAAGGUGGUGAGGAGGUGGACAAGGAAGUCAAGGAGGCCAAACAACGUUACAUCAGUGGUGUCCCUCACUUCGUGAUUAACGGGGUAGCUGAGAUUGAAGGAGCAGAAGAGCCUGCGACAUUCCUUCGGGUCUUCAAAGCAAUCAAGGCUCAGGGGUUGGAUGCAGCCGGGUCCAAGUCAUCAACUGGCAACGCCUGCUAA